AUGAGCGCUCAUCAUACGGAACCUCACGAGGAUGCCGAAAAACUAUCGAUCCAUAUGAUACGCAGUGUUGGCAGCGGUAGGUCUAGCCACGAAUUUCGRGAAGACCGGGACGCUGUUGGACAUGCUUCGUCUCAGGGCGACGAUGAAAGCAUAUCAAGACCAUCAACAGAUCUCAAGAGAACUGCCAGCAAUGUCCUUAGCAAGGUUGCUUCGCGGCUGACAACUCGAUCUAUACCUGAGCCACCUCCGCCUCCAGAUGGCGGACUGCAUGCUUGGACUCAGGUUGCGUGUGGCUGGAUAGUGAUUUUGUGUACCUGGGGAGCUGUCAACAGCUUCGGGGUUUUCCAGACCUACUACACCGUCAGUUUGAAGUUGGACCCUUCUACUGUAUCAUGGAUUGGAUCCGUUCAGAACUUCCUCACGUUCUUCAUUGGUGCUCUUAGUGGCCGCUUGCUCGAUGCUGGAUACUUCACCCCUUGUUUUCUGGUAGGAUCGAUCAUCCAGGUUGUUGGCAUUUUCUGUAUGAGUCUAUCUACCAAGUACUGGCAACUCAUGCUCUCUCAGGGCGUCAUGUCUGGAAUAGGUGGCGGCAUCAUAUUUACCCCAGCCAUGGGAUUAGUGGGGUCUUAUUUUUCGAAAAAGAGAGCCCUGGCCAUUGGUCUGGCAACGACCGGAAACAGCGUUGGGGGUAUGGUCUAUCCCGUCAUGGUCCAGCAGCUCCUCCCAAAGAUCGGCUUCGCCUGGACAGCACGAUGUCUAGGGUUUUUCAACCUGGCCAUGCUCUGCAUAGCCAUCGCCUUCAUGCGUCCCAGACUACCUCCACGGAAAUCAGGGCCAUAUGUAGAUUUGAGUGCCUUCAAAGAGCCCACGUACGCUUUCCUCAUUGCUGGGCUCUUCUUUGCUUUUUGGGCAGUCUACUGGACCUACUAUUAUCUCUCCCCAUAUGGUGUUGAUGUUAUCGGAAUGCCAUUUUCGGCUGCGGCAACAAUCACUAUUGUUCUGAAUGGUGCGGGUCUACCUUUCCGGAUUCUCCCGCCAUUACUUGCGGAUAGAUACGGACCAUUGAACGUAAUGGCACCGGUCAUGUUCCUCCUAACAGUAGUGGCUUUUUGCUUUCUACCAGUCAAAACUCCAGCGGGACUGUACACUUACGCGGUUGUCUACGGCUGUGCUAGCUCGGCUUUUCAAUGUAUCGUGCCCUCGACUGUGGCUUCCAUCACAACAGAUAUGACCAAAUUCGGCACUCGUCUUGGCAUGGCGUUUGGGACAUUAUCGUUUGCUGCUCUAACUGGUCCACCCAUUGGUGGUGCCUUGCAGAUUCAGGGAGGUUAUGUUGGGGCGAUUCUGUGGGCUGCUGCAUCGACGAUGAUUUGCGCUGGGCUGGUUUUGGCCUCUAGAAUCACUAGAAUGGGCUGGCAUUUCCGCUCGAAGACUUGA